GCAGCGGUUUUGCUGCAGGUAUUUGGAGGCGAAGAAGAAGUGAGCGGAGCCGGAAGGACAGCGUCUGACAGAAGGACGGAGUUGAGUUGUAGUGAGCUAGCUGAAGAACGAUGCUGACUAAUAUCUCUAAUGUGCUCAGAGCCUGCGCUCAGAGAAAUGGAGCUGCAGUGGCCGUAUCAGCACGCACAUAUGCAGACUUCACAAACCAGACUACCUUUGAAAUAAAGAAAUGUGACGUCUUCAAGCUGGAUGAAGCCCCUGCCACUCAAGUAGUUAUGACGCGUGAAGAAGGUCUGCAGUACUACCGCACCAUGCAGAUCAUGAGGCGUAUGGAGCUGAAGGCAGAUCAGCUUUAUAAGCAAAAGAUCAUCAGAGGAUUCUGCCACUUGUAUGAUGGCCAGGAAGCUUGUGCCGUUGGCAUUGAGGCAUCAAUUAAUCGGACCGAUCACCUGAUCACUGCGUAUCGUGCACACGGCUACACUUACACCAGAGGGGGAACUGUGAAGGAGAUCAUGGCUGAACUCACUGGCAGAAGAGGCGGUAUUGCAAAGGGCAAGGGAGGCUCGAUGCACAUGUACUGUAAAAACUUUUAUGGAGGAAAUGGAAUUGUUGGAGCUCAGGUCCCCCUGGGUGCUGGUGUGGCUCUGGCCUGCAAGUUUCAGGGAAACAACGAGCUGUGUGUCUGCCUCUAUGGUGAUGGUGCUGCAAACCAGGGCCAGAUUUUUGAAACCUACAAUAUGGCAGCACUGUGGAAGUUGCCUGUCAUUUUUAUCUGCGAGAAUAACAGGUAUGGCAUGGGCACAUCAGUGGAGCGGGCUGCAGCCAGCACAGACUACUUCAAGAGAGGAGAAUUCAUUCCUGGUCUCAGGGUGGAUGGAAUGGAUAUUCUUUGUGUUCGGGAAGCAACCAGGUUCGCAGCUGAUCAUUGCCGAUCUGGAAAGGGUCCAAUUCUCAUGGAGCUUCAGACGUACCGCUAUCACGGACAUAGUAUGAGCGAUCCUGGUGUCAGUUACCGCACACGUGAGGAGAUCCAGGAGGUCCGCAGUAAGAGCGACCCCAUCUCAUUGCUGAAGGACCGCAUGCUCAGCAACAAUAUGGCCAGCGUGGAGGAGCUCAAGGACAUCGAUGUUGAGGUGAGGAAGCAGAUUGAAGAUGCUGCUCAGUUUGCCACCACGGAUCCUGAACCACCACUAGAGGAAUUGUGCAACCACAUCUUUCACAACAACCCACCAUUAGAGGUGCGAGGCACAAACCCAUGGGCUAAGCUAAAGUCUCUUAGUUAAGCAUUUUAUUUCCUAACGUCAAUGACCCUGUAAAAUAUUAACCCCACUCGGCCGUGAGAAGAUACACACUCAUUGUGUAAUGAACCAUAAACCAGUGCCUCAGACCCAGAACUUAAAGCUUCAUCAAGUAAAUUAGUGUCAGUGUUUUACUCUUGAACAGCAGUGGACAUAUUUAAAUAAGAUUAGAUUAUUCACAAAGAUUAACAUGAACAAUCAGUUUCAUUAUUCCCUCAUCGUUACAUAAAUAAGAAUCUUUCACAGCCCAUACUUCUACCUUCAGUGCUACAUAAAAAAUAGAGGAAACACCAAACCUUUGAAUGCAUUUUCUAUUGUUGUGCAAUGAUGCCACAUUUUAAAGAAACUAUAUUUUGUUGUAAGAUGAUUUUAUGUUCAGAUCAGUUAUCUUCAUUGGUGAACUAAAAUUUUAUCUCGUAAACGUUUGAAAGCUGCUGUACAUGAAGGUUUCACAUGUCCCGAUAUUGGACAUGUGAAACUUUUCCUAAGUGAAUUUAUUUUGCUGAUGCUAAACUUACUUGUUUGUUGUUUGCUGGGUCACUUUUGGGGUAAUAUUAGAAUCAUCAUCCAGCACUUCACUGAAGAAAUAUGUCAACCAUGGGUUUUGUGCUCCUUACACUCUAGAUCAAUUCAGUUGGGUUUUUUUUGUUUAACACUUUGUUACAAAGACGUCAUAAAGGGCAGCAGUGUUGUCAUCUCCUGUUGUUACUUAUGAGAAAGUAAAGAAUAUAAAAGGAACAGUUCAUUUAAAUUAUUCUUUCCAAACCAAACACGUGCCUGAUCUGGUGUUGGUCCUCAAGCACCCCUGCCCUGCUCAUGGGUCCAGGAGUCCUAAUGGUUUGGACUUGACCACCUCUUUUAUACACCGAUUUUGUCAUUUGUGUCACACUACAAGCUGAGCAGGAGAUGUGUGAGGACUAGUCAUGUAUUUACGUAUUUGUAAGGAUAUUUAUGGUCCUUAAUAUUUACAUUCAAAUGCUACAUGUCUAUUAAACGGCGGGUAAAUAAACAUGACGACUAAGUCUGAAUGCACCUUUCACACAGAAAAAUAAAAUACUGGGUUGAAUGUUAAGUAUUUCUAGUUCACCUCCACCAAUGUGUAAUCAUCUGUAAGUUCUGCUGGAUUGUUUUGUGAUAUUUUCACAUAUGGGCAGUGGUACAUUAACAUUAUAUUUGCGGGGUACAUACAGUAGACAUUUUGAAUUUCAGGCCAAACAUUUUUUGUGAAGAAGAAAAAGCAACCGGUCUCUACAGUCCAUGUUACUACCCCUUUGACGGGUACGGGAAGGGACAAGAUUCUUUUAUUUUACUGUAUGUGUAAAGUCAAUGUUAGAUUGCUGCAUUGGCUUGGUACAAUGGAGAUGAUGCCUUUGGUGUUAGUAUUUGCUGAGUAAACUGUUACAUUAGGAGCAGCAGAUGUCCAAAAGAAAUGUAAGAAACAGUGUGGGAGCCACAGUAAUAAAAGACUGUAAAAUGUUA